AUGACCACCUUCGCCGCUCCGGUCCCUGCUACCAGAUCGCUGCCCACGAACCAGUCGGCGCUGGCGGCGUCAUUCACCAACUUCCUUACCGUGUCUGUCCAUCAAAUACUUUUCCUGCGCUCCGUCUACCCGCGCGCGACAUUCCUUCCCGUCCGGGCAUACAACUAUCCUGUCCGACAAUCCCGUCACCCUAAAGUGUGUGACUAUAUUAAUGAUGCAUCAAUCGCGGUCGGAACAGAGAUCUUAAAAGGUACAAUCACCGCAGUCAGUAUCAUUAUUUCAUCUCUUCGCACAAAUCAACCCCUCGAACGAUAUGCUUUCGACCUGUCGGGCUUCCCACGGGCUCCAGCUGGAGAGGUAAACACUACAUUUGCGGACAGAAAUGGAGAUUCAUCUAAUCCAGGUGCUCCCGUCUCCGACCGGGGCCCCGCGCCAACUUCGGUUGACCUCGAGUCACAGUUCAGAGCUUGUCUGGCUCGACUGGCGUCCGCAUGUGCGCGCCUAACCCCGCUCCCGCGGGAUGACGAAUUCAGCUUUACUGUCUGCAUUGAAGUGCGGGAGGAUGCGUUACCCCCCGCUGGAACAACCAACGAAGAACAAACGUGGAUUGUGGCCGAACCUGGCAAGGUGCACCUCCGAUCCUGUACCGCCCCUUUCUCCGUCUCCAAAGUACGGAACGGCGAGCCACAGCGGCCACCCCCGCCAGUGUCAAACGGGCGCGCCAAAACAGUACCGGUACGACGUGUGGAGGCCGGGGAGCUGCGGUUGGAGUUAUGGGUGGAAGAAGCGCGGCAGAAAUUUAACGAACCGGUGGAUUCAGAGCAGCCACCCUGA